AUGUCCGCUGCACCAUCUACGGGCGCCCCCGUCCCAACCGCAAAGGCCGUCAGCACCGAUAAAUCCGCCGAUGCGGCGAAAGAUCAAAAGACCGCUACUAUGUUAGAAGAAGAUGAUGAAUUUGAGGAUUUUCCCGUUGAGAACUGGAGCCAAGAAGAUACAGAAGUACCCGGCGACAACACACACUUGUGGGAAGAGAGCUGGGAUGACGAUGAUACAUCGGAGGAUUUCUCCGCACAAUUGAAGGAAGAAUUGAAGAAAGUCGAAGCAAACAAGAAGAGAUGA